CACACUCCUGUCUGUCACCUCAUCCUGUAGAUUUUGUUGUUGUUGUUGUUGUUGUUGUUGUUUUUCACAAUUCGCGCUUUACACAUCAAACACAACGCAAAACCACACAGCCUAAUUAACAAAUAUACAUGCAGAACGGCCGCAACUUUGAAUUCGCUCAGAAGAGUCGUUCAAAAAGAACCGAUUCGUUGGCGGAGACUCUAGUGUGUGAGCGCGAGCGAGCGAGCGCGCGCGUGGACGCACGCACGAGCCGCAGAUAGGAUGGCUGCGCUCCCCUGAGCCGUUAGCGCUUAAAAACUCUGUCCCGAAGAACAGAACAGGAGUAAGAGGUGAAGGAAAGAAAGACAAGAAGGAAAGAGAGAAAGAGAGAGAGAGAGAAACGUUAGCUCGCUACACCCGACGCCACUCGCCACUCAUUAUGCCGGCGGAGGUGAAAGAGGAGCAGAGCCUAGAAGAUCCUGCAGCUUUGCCCUCAACUAAGCAGACCAAAGAGCCAACUGAAGAGGUGCCAUCUGCAGAAGACAUACCGGACACGCCGUCCUCUGACCUGAGCACGUUCACGUCCACCAAUGGAAGCGCACAGAACACGGAGACUAACAAUGACGAGAGCUCAGGGAUAGGGACAGAGAAGUCCUCCAGCCCUGACACUGAGUUGAACCCCCUCAGUGCUUCCAGCUCUCACGAGGAAGUUGUGCCAAAACAGCUGGAGGUGAGGAUGCCAACCUACAAAACACAGAUACACAGACUCGCAUUCAUUAAAAACUCUGAAAGUAUAACUGAUGCAACAGAGACAUUUCAGACAGCGUGUGAGGGCUCUCAAGAUUCAGAGGGCAUUCUUACUUCCAAUGCCUCAGUGGAGAAAGAAGAUGAAUGUAGUUCAUCUCAGACUGCAACAAUAACCCCCGACUCUGACACCAACACGUCGUCUGACACUCCGGCUGAAAACAUCAAAGACCAGCCUGUCAGGCAUAGCACUCUCCAAAGUCCUCGGGUAGACCUCAGCAAUCAUGGCACCAUUCCACAUGCUUUCCUGUUCCCUCCUUCUUACACAAACCUGCCAUCCAGGAACUACUUAGAGAACUGCUAUACCCUCCCACUUCACAGAGACAGCUUCGGUCGAAUUGGAGGACCGGUGUGCAAUGGCGCCGCCAAGGGAGAUCAGGACGGUGCUGACCUGAGGUCAGGAAUCCCUGCGAUCAGUCAUCCUAUGAUGGGUGGAACCCUCCCCUUGAGACCUACACUGGAUCUUGCGGUUGACGAUCACCUCGGUCCAUUACCGCAUCCCUUCCUGCAGGAUCUGUACAGGAUGCAGACCCUGAUUCCUCAUAAACGUGCCAGCAUGGUCAGCCUGGACACCAUUCGCAAGGACCCUCGGUGGAGGGACCCUAACUUGCGGGAGGUCAUUGCCAUGCUUAGCCACCCCAUGGACCCCGUCAAGUCUAAUGCCGCCGCCUAUCUGCAGCACCUCUGUUACGAGAAUGACAAGGUGAAGCAGGACGUGAGGCAACUCCAUGGCAUCCCCAUGUUGGUGGGGUUGUUGGACCACCCCAAAGCCGAGGUGUACCGCAAGGCCUGUGGAGCCCUGAGGAAUAUUUCCUUUGGCAGGGAUCACUUCAACAAGGUGGCCAUCAAAAACAGUGAUGGCAUUCCUACACUGCUGAGGCUGCUGAGAAAGACUAGUGACAUGGAGGUCCGAGAGUUAGUUACAGGAACCCUGUGGAACCUCUCAUCUCACGAACCCCUGAAGAUGGCCAUCAUCAACCAUGGGCUUCAGACACUGACUGAUGAGAUCAUCAUCCCACACUCGGGUUUAAGAGGGGAUCCCAAUGACCCAUCCAGACCAGGAGCACCAGAAUGGACCACAGUUUUCAAGAACACAUCUGGAUGUUUAAGGAAUGUGAGUUCAGAUGGGGCUGAGGCUCGACAGCAGAUGCGUGAGUGUGAGGGACUUGUGGAUGCUCUGCUCCAUGCCCUUUACUCUGCUGUGGCUAGGAGGGAUAUGAAUAACAAGUCUGUCGAGAACUGUGUCUGCAUUCUACGUAAUCUAUCCUACCAUGUGCACAAAGAGGUCCCAGGGGCAGAGAAAUUUUACAGUGCCCCAACUAUUCAGACCACAAAGCCAAGGAGCUACCAGAAGAAAAAGGACGUGCCCGAUUGCUUUGGUGGACGUAGUACCAAAGAGGAGUGGUUCAAUCAGUGCCGGAAACACGGAACGAGCGACAAAACAAACAGCACUUUGGACAUGUCCAAGCGCACGCUCCCGACGAAAGGUCUGGAGCUGCUCUACCAGCCGGAGGUUGUGAGGCUGUAUUUGUCACUCCUCAAGCUGAGCCACAACCAGAAUACUCUGGAGGCGGCCGCAGGGGCCCUCCAAAACCUGUCUGCAGGACUCUGGGCUUGGUCUAAUUACAUCCGAGCAACUGUACGGAAAGAGAAAGGCCUGCCUAUUCUGGUCGAGCUGCUCCAUUCAGAUGCAGAUAAAGUGGUGAGGGCUAUUGCUAUUGCCCUCCGUAACCUGGCCAUUGACCACAAAAACAAAGAUCUCAUUGGGAGCUACGCCAUGAGGGACCUGGUCAGCAAUCUGCCCAGCGGCCAGCAACGUCCUGCCAAAAACCUGGAAGAGGACACAGUUGUGGCAAUCCUCAAUACCAUACACGAGAUCAUCACUGACAACCUGGAGAAUACUCGCUUCCUUAUUCAGGGCCAGGGGAUCCAAAAGCUGGUGGCCAUAAACAAGACAAGCCAGUCCUUGAGAGAGAACAAAGCAGCAUCGCAUGUACUCCAGACUGUGUGGGCCUACAAAGAUUUAAGGCACACACUGACCAAGGGAGGCUGGAAUAAAUCUCACUUUAAGCCAGCAGUAUCUGGAGUCCCCAAAAAGCAGAAGAAUGCAAAGCUAGGCAACGAUGACAUCACACUUCCCUUAAUGGAAAAAAACCAAGAUGGAUACUGCAGCACUGAUCAGAGUGACAGAGUUGGAGACGGGCCAUGCCAUAUGAUAGAGCGGGAAACCUUCCAGGGGGUAAAUGAUAAGCGACAUUUCAUCAGGACUAGUAGGCCAGCUGUUGGCUUAGUGGAACGCACUCCUCAACCCUUGGACUCUUGGGUCUGAUGCCCCAUCUGGUGAGCUCAAUUGCCAAAUUUGCAGAUGAAAAUAGACGCUUUUGUGUGUUUUUCCAUAGAUUUUGUCUCCAAGGACAGACAGAUUUAUUUAUUUAUUUAUUUAUUUAUUUAUUUAUUUAUUUCAAAAUCAAGUCUCUCCUUGGUGGCAAAACAAACAACUGUCGUUCUCCCACACACAAAGGAUUUUAUAAGGUAAAUUCUUAACCAUUGAGUAAAACACAGAUAUUCACCGAGACCUAAGAAAUGAUUUCUUCUUUCAGCACAGGAAGGACAUUUGCAGCAAUCUUUAGCCAGACUUUAGUUAGAUUCCGUAAUUCUAAUGUGUGUGUGAAGUAUAUUUUAUUUAUUUAUUUCUCUCUCUUUUUAGAGAUGGAGGUACAACUUGUAUAAGAUAUUGGCGUGACUGGAUCUGCACUUGGAUGAGGGUUUGUGAAAGAGAAGAAAGUAAAGCGUACCACAGAUUUUAUUCCAGCGUCUUCAGAAAGCAGAAAAUUGACUCUUUUUUUUUCCUUUUCUUUUCCUUUUUUUGUUUUUUUUGAGAAUUUGACUGAUUGUGCCUGUGGUAUUAUUAUUUUUUUUUUUCUUUUUCCAUGCAGUGUUUUGCUCUCCUGCUAAAAUAUUCUCUGUUUUUAGCACCUCCGGCUCCAUUGUUCCAGAAUAACGUACAGAUAUUAUAUGAUCCCAGUACUGGUUAAUAUUUGAUUACAAACCAUAUAUAUCCUUGUAUUAUUUCAUUUUUGUCAACAAGACAUAUUGUAUAAUAGUGCUAAUAUUCUUUAACUGUAUGCAACACAGACCAGUAUUCUAUCUUGUUGUUUUUUUUUAUGUACAGCAAAGAGAUGCAACCAGCGUAUAUUAUGGAUAUUAAAUGUGACUAGCAGUCUAUGAAAAUCACAGACAAAAGUCAUUGUGCCAUAUUAGUCAAACAAGUAAUUCUUACUGGAUUGAAUUGCUUCUUCAUUGUCAGUGUUUUAACUGCUUGACAAUAAAAGGCUUUUUAUCAUUUUGGUCUUUUUGUCUUUUCUAAGCGAAAGGAUCAACAGAAAAUUAGCUUCGGAGCAACGCGCAGGCAAUACGCAGGCUAAUUGAAACCAUUUAAGUGGGAAAUUGAAUGAAGGAAUCGUAGGAAACGUUUUUGUCUUUAAAGGACUAUGGCAUACAUAUUCCAUAAACCCUAAUUCAGUAUGUCAUUACUUGAUGAGCCAUAAACCA